AGGAGCAGUGGGAGCAGCAGGAGGAGCGGGGGCGGCGGCGGCGGCGGCCCCCCUCACAGCUGGACGGCUGUUCUCUGGCCAGAUGGAAAAAUGGGCUUGCUUUGUGUGCACGUUCACUAUUCUCUCCAAGCCGGUUUUGGGCUUCUCAAACGGAAGCUUCCUUAUGUCAUGUGACUCUUUGGAACCGAACAAUGGAUUUUAUGUUUCCCAAAAGGACUCAAUACCGUAUAAUAUCUCUGUAUCCCAAACUUCAUUUGAUCCACAGGAUGAAAUCACAGUGACUCUACAAGCUACUGAAUCCAGUGGUUUCAUGGGAUUCCUACUUCAGGCCCGAGACAUUGAAAGGAACAUUCCCGUCGGUUCUUUCCGUAUCAUAGAUCGGAACACACAGGGUCUUAAGUGUAACAAUGUUGAGAACUCUUCACUAAGUCAAAAGGACUCCAGCUAUAAGAUGAAAAUCGAGACAGUUUGGAUUGCACCUUCUGGAACUGGAAAUGUGCAGUUCAUAGCAGCUGUUCAGCGUUUCUAUUUAUUCUGGGUUGGAGCCAAAAGUAUAACCCUUCAGGCUUUACAGAAAUCACCUGAGAUUCCAUUCCAGAACCAGACCCGAGAAGAUGACCGGGCCGUAUCGAACAUGCUUGUGAUGAACUCCAGCGGCUGUGGCAAAAGCAAAUUCUGUUUCAGCAAUCCCAGUGGCUGUGGCCCCGAAGAUCCAAAUUGUUUGUUCAUGUCUUCUGAAGCACUGAGUGGCAACCGUUUGAAGUUUGAAAUGAGUGGCUUGUCCCAAGGCUAUGUUUCCAUCGGGUUUUCGGAUGACGUUAUAAUGGCCUAUGAUGAUGUGUAUAGUUGCGUAAGAAAUGGGACUGGGCAAAUUGAAGUUCAACAUGCCUUCACAACUGGACGAACGUCUCCCACCAUUAAACCCCUGGGCCAAGUCGAGAUGAUAGAGACAUCCUUCAACAAUGGAGUCAUCAAGUGCAGUUUUAUAAGUGGUAACCCCAUAUCAACUGAAACAAGAACUGCUAGCAACUUGUACUAUGUGUUUCUAACUGUUGGACCGGCCCAGAAUGGAAUCAUAAGGAAACACACUACGAGUCCUUUAGUAACAUCUCAGAAAGUGGACAUCUCCAAAUAUAUGGUAACUGGAGGCAGAUCUUCCAUGCCUACUCUAAUUAAAGUUCAUGGUGCUUUCAUGUUGAUAGCCUGGAUGACCAUAGGAAGCAUAGGAAUGGUUUUUGCCAGUGUUUGGAAGGGUGUACUUAGAAAGCCAAUUUGGGGCCAAGAACUCUGGUUUCAGGCCCAUAGGUUUCUGAUGCUAUUGACUGUAGCAGUAACAGCUAUCGCCUUCAUACUACCCUUUGUCCAGAUUCAAGGGUGGAGUGGCAAUGAGCCUCAUCCAAUCAUGGGAUGUAUUGUCAUGACACUUGCUCUUCUUCAACCAGUGGGUGCUAUCUUUCGACCUCCACCUCAACACAAAAGGCCUCUCUUUCACUCUUGGCACCUCGCCUACCUAUGGUCUAGUCCUGCUCAAUGAUGAUUGACUACUCCUCUGAUCAAAACUCCCAACAUCAUCGUGCAUGUCUAUGGAAUAAGAGAAAGACAUCGCGAAUGUUCCCAGUAUCUAGACAAGGGCAUUUUAUUGAUAGCAAUGUCAGUACGUGAUCAUUAUACCGAUCACUUCAGUCAUGUGACAUGGUAAGAACCAACUGAUUGUCCUUGAAUAUGCAUCCAGUAUUAUAACCCACAGUGUUCCAAAAAGCGGUAUUUAAAUCAGCAAGUUGGCUCUGGAGAUCGAAGACAUUUGUAAGGAGCUCUGUGACAAUAUCACAACCUAUUAGGACAAAGAUCCCGAGGGGUAGUGCAACGUGAACAGCGCAUGGGCGCUUCUCUAAGCAGAUGCCACCAGGCAGUCAUCAAGACUAUGGUUAUGGCCAGACUCAAGCACCAAAACCAUUUUGAUUUUAAAAUUAUUGGCCACGGAGCAAGACAUACAACCUCAACUCUUUGUAGCUCCUCCUGUUCAUGAGGAAAAGAAUUGACAGAAGGCUGCUACUUCAUAGGUGAAGCUAAGGAAUAUGCAGGGCCAGUGAUGGGGUGUCACAGCUGAAGAGACCCAGGGUUAUGCUUACAGCCACCAAACUAAGGGUGCUUUUACUCCUCACCAAAGAAGCUUUAUGGCCCCAUAUGCACUAUUACAGCUACUGUGAAGAGGACAGAUGACCCGGAAAGCAGCACGUUGCUGUGGAUAGAAGAUGGAUGUGGGAGUCAGAAGGU